GGACACGGCCAAUCCCACCAGAGUGCUGACCGGCAAGGGCUGCGAUGGAUGGCAAGAACCCAUACACCAUGGCCAAGCUGGGCCUGGAUGCCCGAGACCCCCAGGAGAAGACCGAGCGGGACUGCGGCUUCUACGCCAAGUACUUCUUUCUCUUCCUCUCGCUGAUCCAGUUCCUCAUCAUCCUGGGCCUGGUACUCUUCAUGGUCUAUGGCAGCCCCCAGGCCGGCAACGAGAAGCAGAUCCAGGGCCUGAGCAGCCUGCUCCAACGGGCAGAGAGCAAGGCCGAGGCCCUGGGCAAGGAAGUGGCCGACCUCAAGCGCCGGCUCAACGCCAGUCAGACCGAGACCGCUCAGAUCCGGAAACUGGCUACUGGGUUCAACAUCACCCUCCGGAGCUGCAUCAGUGAGAAGACAAAACUGGCCGAGCAGCAGAGAAACUCCAUGAUGUGUAUUCACUUGUGGCACGAAUGCAACUACAACCUGCACAUGAUGAACACGACGUGGCCCACCAAAGUGGCCUUGCUGGAGGACCAGCUGAAGGUGCUGCAGCUCCAGGCCCAACUGGAUCGGAAAAGCGCCGCCACGGAGCGCCAUCGCCUGCAGGCCAUGGUCGACAAGGCUGAGAAGGAUGCCAAGGACUGCCUGGUGGAGAAGCUGAAGGUCCAGACCCGGGAGGAGAAGUACCGGGAGCUGGAGUCCAAAGUGAUGGUCGAGCUGCGGCCGGUCCAGCAGAGCCUGGAGGAGGCUGUGCGCCGGUUCUUGGUCCCGGAACACUUACGGAACUCCUACCAGCGGGUGGACAUCUGCCAGGACCUGUCCAGCAGCCUCCAGAGCCAGAUAGCCACCUUGGCCAGGCAGGUGGAUCAGAAGGUGGCCGAGGUGGUGGCCCAGAACGGGCGGCUGGAGAGCCAGAAGGAGGCCUGCGGGCAUGAGCUCCAGGACAAGGAGCGCCAGGCGGCAGCUCAGCGCCAGCAAGCCGAGCAGGAAAAGCAAGCCCUACACGAGGCCCAUGCUCAGGCUGCCCUGAAGGCCGAGGCUGAGCGCAGCCGGCUGGCCAAGGAGAAGGAGGAGCUCCAAGCGCAGCUGGACUACAGCAAGCAGGCCUGCCUGCGCUCCAGGCUCUCCCCGAUGAACCCAGGCCUUGGUCCUGGGAGGUUUCCUUCCUCUGCCGGCAGCACCAACCCCUUUGCCAGCUUCCCAGGGGGCUCCCCUCCAAACCUCAACCCAGGGGGUGCCCCUAUGGUCCCCAACACCUUUGGCAACCUGCCUCCUUGGGCACGGCCUGGACAGCCCGCUUCUGGGUCCCAGGGAUCACCCAACCUUCCUGAGCGGCCGAGGCUCACGGAACCCAAGAUGUUGUCCCCAGAAGCUGCGGCCAGGAUCCCCAACCAGCCCCCUAUUGGCCACCCCAGCGGCUAAUUGCGCCAGCAACUUGGCAACAGGACUGCUUCAGGAGGGCCCUGCACUAGAAAUCCCACCUAUCCCAAGGCCCUCGAAGGGACAACGGAAGCGCCAAGACUGCCUGUGACACAUCUGCCUCCCUCUGUCGCUAAAGGAAGCCCUCCAGAGGUCAUCUAGUCCAGCCCCUUCUCUCCCGCAAUCCUUGCAAAAGCCAAAGAGGCCUGCCUUUCCUUUGUUUUCAAAUAGGCAUGGCAUAUUCAUAUGUAUAUAUAUUUCUAAAUAGGUAUUCUGCACAUGUUUAGAUACAUAUACUUUUAUAUAUUUAUAUGUAUGUGAGGAUUUGUUGGGAUCAAACAGAACCUCCAGGGUCCAAAGGUUGCUGAUCCCAAAUAGAGAAAUAACGAUAAUAAAGGCUUGCCAUGUAAUUGUGUAUAAUAAGUUCAUGCAAGUUUGGGUUCUAGGGGUGAUGUUAAGGGGACCCCAAAACACCGGUGUUUUUUCCAGUUUGUGAGUCGGGAAUGUGAAAUGUGGAAUAAAGGUGGCAUGAAAACCCA